AUGUAUCCGAAACCAGUGGAUUUCAGAUUCACCAAAGAUCUGUUCAAGUUCAUUCUAUUCCUUGCAUGCAUUUCGGGAUGCGGAUUUCUCUAUACAAUAGUCGUGAUGAUUAUGCGUGGAAACACACUUCGUCGUAUUAUUGUUCGGUCUCUUGAUAUUAUCACUAUCACAGUCCCUCCAGCACUUCCAGCCGCAAUGUCUGUCGGAAUUAUCAAUGCUCAAUUACGCCUGAAGAAGAAACAAAUUUUCUGUAUUUCACCAUCCACUAUCAACACUUGCGGAGCAAUCAAUGUGGUUUGCUUCGACAAAACGGGUACACUAACCGAAGAUGGGCUCGAUUUUCAUGUGGUUCGGCCGGUUAAAAAAACAAAAGAAUCAACAGGCGAGGAAAAUACAGCAACUGGACCCGAUGUGAUUGAUUUCAUGGAGGAGAUGACAGAACUCACAAGCCGAGAAGGGCUGCCUUACGACGGAGAUUUGGUUAAAGCUAUUGCUACUUGUCAUUCCCUUACAAGAAUCAACGGAGUACUUCACGGUGAUCCACUAGACCUGAUCUUGUUUCAAAAAACAGGAUGGACAAUGGAAGAAGGUGAAGGAGAUAUUGAAGAAGAAACUCUACGGUUCGAUAAUGUUCAACCAUCUAUAAUCAAACCAUCGGACGACACAACAGCCGAGUAUUCUGUUAUAAGGCAGUUCACAUUCUCAUCAUCUCUUCAAAGAAUGUCUGUAAUUGUUUUCGAUCCACGAGAAGAUCGACCUGAUAAUAUGAUGCUCUAUUCAAAAGGAAGUCCAGAAAUGAUUCUAUCUCUUUGUGAUCCAACGACUGUUCCACCAGAUUAUUUGACACAAGUGAAUGCUUACGCUCAGCACGGUUUCCGCCUGAUUGCUGUCGCUCGUCGUCCUCUGGACAUGAAUUUCAAUAAAGCAUCGAAAGUAAAACGAGAUUCAGUAGAAUGUGAUCUAGAAAUGCUUGGACUGAUUGUGAUGGAAAAUCGAGUGAAACCCGUAACACUGGGAGUGAUCAAUCAGCUGAAUCGAGCCAAUAUCCGAACUGUGAUGGUAACUGGAGAUAAUCUAUUGACUGGACUUUCUGUUGCUCGUGAAUGUGGAAUCAUAAGACCAUCAAAACGUGCAUUUUUGGUUGAGCAUGUUCCUGGAGAGCUCGAUGAACACGGAAGAACAAAGCUUGUCAUUAAACAGUCAGUUUCCUCAUCCGACGAUGUAAUAGAGGACGAUGAAUCGGUAUCCGUUUCAAUGUGCUCUUCGACUUGGAAAGGAUCAUCUGAGAAUGACGGUUUCUCUCCAACAAAUACAGAAAUUGAAAUGCCGAAUCCAGUGACAUCUGAAAAUCUCGGUCAUCUGAUUGCUAGCAGUUAUCACUUGGCUAUUUCCGGUCCAACAUUUGCAGUGGUUGUUCAUGAAUAUCCUGAACUCGUAGAUCAACUAUGUUGCGUCUGUGACGUAUUCGCUAGAAUGGCACCCGAUCAAAAACAAUUACUUGUCGAACAACUACAGCAAGUCGACUAUACGGUGGCAAUGUGCGGAGAUGGUGCCAAUGAUUGUGCAGCUUUAAAAGCGGCUCAUGCAGGAAUUUCACUCUCUGACGCUGAAGCAUCUAUCGCUGCUCCGUUCACUUCUAGGGUUCCUGAUAUUCGUUGUGUGCCAACAGUAAUCAGUGAAGGACGCGCCGCUCUUGUCACAUCAUUCGGUAUUUUCAAAUACAUGGCAGGAUACUCGCUGACUCAGUUCGUUACUGUGAUGCAUUUGUACUGGAUUAGUAAUAUUCUUACUGAUGGACAGUUCAUGUUCAUCGAUAUGUUCCUGAUCACAAUUUUCGCUCUUCUCUUCGGUAACACUCCAGCCUUCCAUCGCCUGGCUCAUACAUCACCGCCGACUCGUCUUCUUUCGAUUGCUUCUAUGACUUCUGUUGUCGGACAGCUCAUCAUUAUUGGAUUCGUUCAGUCUGUUGUUUUCUUCGCCACGUCACAACAAUCAUGGUUUGUUGCUUAUCAACCGCCAGUUGGAGAUGAGCAAGAAGAUAAACGAAGUAUGCAAGGAACCGCACUUUUUAGUGUUUCAAUGUUUCAAUACAUCAUUCUUGCUCUCGUCUAUUCAAAGGGACCGCCAUAUCGAGGCAAUUUAUGGUCGAAUAAACCAAUGUGUGCAUUAACAAUAAUCUCCACGUUGUUGUGUCUCUACAUCGUCUUAUGUCCACAUGAGUUUGUUCAAACAGCACUUGGCAAUGUCGAACUUCCCGAUUUAUAUUUCCGUAUUUUUAUCAUCAUUCUUGCCGGUGUGAAUGCAUUCAUUUCAUACGGGUUUGAGACUUUUUUCGUCGAUUUCUUCUUGUUGGGAUACUGGGAACGAUACAAAAAGAAGCGAAGCAUUGAAACCAUCGUCGAUUAUGUGCCGACAGCAAACUCUGAUCAUAUCCGUCGUCCUUCCACAAAUGGAAUUCCGUCUUCCAGAACUGAAACAACAUUGCUUUCAUCCGAAGGCCAACAACUUCAUAUGACAAAGGCUUCGAAAGGAACUGAAACCCAACAGUCAAGCGCUCUCUUCGAACGAAUUAUUUCUCGAAUUGGAAGCGAACCGGCUUGGAUUAUUUCACCUAUUCCACCGAAAAUUUCCCAAGAAUCGCCCGAACCCGAAAAUCUUGACCGCACUUUUUAG